AUGCCAUUUUUUUGGACAUAUACAAUCAAAUUGCGAGUAAAGACAACUUCGGAGUUAAAUCUGUUUCCCCGUCCGAUAAAAACAUCGCAAGCAACUCAAGAGGAAGAUAAUCAAGCUAUGAAAGAAGAAAAUGGCAACAGCGACGAUGACAUGGAACCUUUGAUUUUUGAUGACGAAAGUCAGAACCAAGGCUUGGUAGAAAAUAUCGAAAAUCUACCGUCAUCCGUGGUCCGGCACUUACCGUCUUUCUCAACGAGCGACAGUUCACUCGAGUCAGAAGUUCCCGGCACAUCAAAUCAAACCGACGUGAUAGUUCGCUUCUACUGUAAAAACUGUCGCAGGCGGCAAUCGAUCACAGAAAUCACCCGGGACAUGCUGGUCAAGUGCAAAAUCUGCUCCAAAUUCAUGCAGUGCCAGUGCCCAAAGUGCGACAAGUUUUUCAACAAUUCGAUGAUCGCCUUCAAGCACGUGACCCGCAAUUGUUUUCAUCAGGCAGCCGCCCCGCGUCAAUUGACAUUGACGGAGAAGAUGGAAAAGAUAAAAAAACGCAAGCUCGCGUGGUGCGACUGGUGCAAAAAGAACUUUGAAGAUGCCCUGCAGUUGGCCAAACAUCAGGUGGAUUGCCCCGUCGACGAUUCGGAUUCGGAGAGCGACUAAGAGAUCAACUUUUCAGAUCGAAUCCUCGCUGAUAACGACUUUGUUUAUUUACUUCUUUUUUUUAAGCAUCGCUUUUUUUUACAUUUGUGAAAUAAUUACCCGAAAAAACUGGGAUAGUUAAGUCGUUUCUUUGUAGAAAAUUUGCACUGCGUUGUCAAUUAUUAUUAUUUUUUUUAUUUUUUAUUUAGAUUCAUUUUGAACAUGAUUUUUUUUUAUUAAGAAGAUGGUUGUGAGUGAAUCAAUUGGAAAAGUUAUUUACUAAUUUGAGUGUUUUAUUUAAGCCUAGGUUCUGCGGAUUAAAAAGGGCUGUAUUAAAAUAUUAACAUGAGUUCAUUGUUGAAAUUAAAUAUAAAAUAAAUCGAUACAGUUCAAAACUUUUUUUUUCAGUUAUUUCGUAAAAUUGAUAAACAUAUCCACUUUUCAAUUUAGAUUCGAAUUUUAGGCACUUUGUCAAAUAUUUGAUGACAUUUUAAAAAGGGCC